AUGCUCACAUUCAAGUGCCGUUUAAUCUUGCUCUUCAUUUGUGUGGAAGGUUUUUCAAGAUGUUGUUAUGAAUGUGUUUCAUGUGUGUUUGGUGAUACAGAUGUAAUGAAGUCAGUGUCAGUAACUGAGGGAGAUUCUGUCACUCUACACACUGAUGUUACUGAAGUACAGAGAGAUGAUCAGAUACUGUGGAUGUUUGGACCUAAAGAGAAUCGAAUAGCUGAACUCUAUAAACAGAUGAUUGAUAUGUUUAGCAGUAAUGAGACAUUUGGAGACAGACUGCAGUUGGACUCUUUCACUGGAUCUCUGACCAUCAGAAACAUCAGAAGCACAGACUCUGGACUUUAUAAACUACAGAUCCGCAGCAACAGAGGGAACUCGGACAAGACAUUCAAUGUUACUGUCUAUGCUCGUCUGCCUGUUCCUGUCAUUACCACAGACUCUUUUCCCUCCUCCUCCUCCUCCUCCUCAUCAGAAUCCUCCGUGUCCACAUGUUCAUUGGUGUGUUCAGUGGUGAAUGUGAGUCAUGUGACUCUCUCCUGGUACAAAGGAAACAGUUUAUUGUCCAGCAUCAGUGUGUCUGAUCUCAGCAUCAGUCUCUCUCUACCUCUGGAGGUGGAAUAUCAGGAUAAAAACACCUACAGCUGUGUGCUCAACAAUCCCAUCAGCAACCAGACCAGACACAUCAGUGGACUCUGUAUAGACUUAUCCAGCAGUUAUUUGAGUGCGACUCCAUCGCUGAUUUAUGCUGUGGUGGGCGUGGCCGCUGUUGCUCUGCUCGUUUGUUACGUCAGAUCUAGAACGGAUGUGAAAAAGAAAAAGCCAGCAUCACAACCUCACUGA